CCAGGAGCCCCCAACGUGCUGGAGCAGGGUCCCGAGCGCAGGAACUGCCACACCACCCGUGUGCAGCUGAACAUGGAUUACUACAAGCGAGAGAUCGAGUACUGCAAGAAGGCCAUGGCCAGGACCAGGGUGAAAUCCUCCAUCUGCCUUGAGGGGUACAUCAAGUUCAACGAGCAGUAUGUGCCCCACGACCCCAUCAUGUCCGGCUGCCUGCCCAGCAACCCCUGGAUCACGGAUGACACCACGUACUGGGCCAUGAAUGCCCCCACAGUGACAACCCCCACAAAGCUGCGCGUGGAGCGCUGGGGCUUCAACUUCAGUGAACUCAUCAACGACCCCCUGGGCCGGACACAGCUCCUGGAGUUCCUCAAGAAGGAGUUCAGUGCUGAGAACCUGAGUUUCUGGGAGGCGUGUGAGGAGCUGCGCUACGGGGAGCAGUCCCGCAUCGCCGAGAUCGUGGACUCCAUCUACCAGCAGUUCCUGGCGCCCGGGGCCACGCGCUGGGUGAACAUCGACAGCAAGACGAUGGAGAGAACCCUGGAGGGCAUCAAGACGCCCCAUCGCUACGUGAUGGAUGAUGCGCAGAUGCACAUCUACAUGCUGAUGAAGAAGGACUCCUACCCUCGCUUCCUCAAGUCGGACCUCUACAAGAACCUCCUGGCCGAGGCCGUCAUUCCCCCGGAGACCAAGAAGCGCGUUUUCCCCUUCAUGCGCAAACAGCGGCACUCCAGCCCGAGCCCGGCGCUGCUGCUGCCCGCGGGCGAUGCCGAGGAGAGGAGCAGGAGCCCUUCCACGGCCCCGGUCCCCGAGGAGGAGAGCUGAGAGAGCUGAGAGCUCCGGAGCGCCCCGACCCAGCACAGCCAGCCCCUGCCGGCAGUAGCACUGAAGGAGAAAAGCCAUAACCCCCCGGAGCCAGGCUGACCCCGCUCACAUCCCCGCAGCCCCUGUCCCCCCUCGGGGAGCCGCACCCAGCCGGCCUGGUGCGGGGUCACCCCUGCUCCCCAGCCCGGGCACAGUAAAACCCCACGGGAAACACC